CCGCAAACUUUCACAUUGCUUUGAUUUACACCCUUCCAAGAAAAAGAAUCAAACGAUUUUUACGAGAACUUUCUUCUCCAAUCGAAAUUGCUAAGACAUAUCAGUUUCCACAGCAAUGUUCUCGGACUCAUCUGCAGCAAUGGAUCCGGGUUUACCCGAAUCCGAUACCCGACACGAAUUCGAUCCCUCCUCCGCUGAUUCCACCGCCGCUACCAAUUCCGGCACCGUACAAGUCGCCAUGGCAGAGUCCACGGGUGCAGGGGAAGCUAGACCUGAAGCGACGAUAUUCGAAUCAGCCGCAUCAGAAGUCACGUCCGUCGCCGAUUUACCUCUUCUUGAGAGAUUCAAUUCGCUCGACGAAUUGACCCACGAUCUGGGCUCGCUCCACGAGCUUUCUACCCGUGGCUCGUGGCAAGCGAUCCUCGAAAAAAUAGCGCAAGCCAGAGCUCUCUUUCUCCUCACCAAGCCUCACGAGCAUCUCACUUAUCUGACUUACCAGGUGAUGGCUCUCGCGAAGCUACGUCGCUCCGAUGAAGCAGCGCAUGAGCUAAAUUCCUUGCACGAUUUCGACGGGACGCAUUACAGGUACGAAUCGUUCCCUGAGAUCUACCCGAAUCGGAAAGGAUCUAUGGUUCCUUUCUCUCUACGGUGGCUAUACGCAUUGAUCCCGACUAAGCUCGGUAAUCGUCAGGAAGGGCUAGAUCGGCUAUACACUUUGCUUGAUUUCGUUCGCGAUAGGAUCAGAGAGAAAGAGUCUGAGAGUUUAGAUGCUUCUGUUGAACUGUGGAAGAAAAGGGAGACUUUUGUGAUGAACUGCUUGCUAGGGUUUCACUUAGGUAACAAGGAGUUUGGGAUAUCCAUGGAUUUGAUCAAGGGAUUGAUAAAUCGUGAUCCGUUAGACCCGGUUCUGACCUCGAAACUAGGCUCUGUUCAAAUGCAGUUUGGUGAUGUAGAAGGAGCAAAAACCACGUUUAUUCGAGUAGAGAAGAUGAUGAACGAAGGAAAGAGCAAUGGGUUGCUGAAGGAAACUCAGUUCAAGAAUCUUGUGGGUAGGAAUAAGGCUUUGGUUCAUGUUGUGGCAAAGGACUAUGUUGCUGCUGUGAGAGAGUACGAAGAAUGCAUUGAAAGGGAUAACUCGGAUAUCAUCGCGGUGAGCAACAAGGCUCUUUGUUUGAUGUACCUGAGAGAUCUAUCAGAUGCGAUCAAGGUGAUGGAGAGUGCAUUGGAGAGAGUACCAACCGCGGCUCUGAACGAGAGCUUGGUGGCGAACCUGUGUAGUAUGUAUGAGUUGGCUUAUGUUAACCACACCGACGCCAAGCGGACAUUGAACAGUUGGAUUGCGCGUGUUGCUCCUGAUGACUUCGAUUCAUCUUGUACCAGAAUUUGAGGUUCUCAGCUAAGCAAAGGUAAUUAGCCAAAAGACUAUCCCUCUGCUGUGACGAAACAAAUCAAGGAUCUUGAUCUCGGUGGGUUUGGCCUCAGCUCCAAUCUCUCUUGCGGCUUCAAAUCUUGUUGUGUAGUUCCCUAUUUUGCCCGCAAACACUUGGUAACUUUCUUGCAUUUCGUUUGGCCGUAUUCAUAUUUAAUCACUAAUGAAGAGAGACUGGUUAUUUCAACUCUUGGUAUGCAAAGAUCCUUUGUCUUAUGAAAAGUAAUACAGCACAAGCAAGCUUUUGUGGGGGCAACGUUAUAUAUACAUAUCUUAAUCGAAAAUCAAAGGAAUAUAUUCUCUUAUACAAUAUGAAUCUACCAACGAACUCUUUUCGAUAAAGGAAAAGUAAAGAUUCUUACGUACCCUACAAAGCGAAAUUUUCUCCAUGAAGCUAAAUAACACGCAAAGUAACCCUCCGACACAAACCUACAGUUAGCCUGUUUCACAAGUAAAAAAAAGCCCCAAACCCACAAUAUAUAUGUACACAGACUUAGGAUCGACAGAUAGUUAAAAACCACAAAUUGAUAUGGAGAUCCAAACAUUUCCCAACGACGACAUCGUCUUCUUCGAUCUGGAAACAACCGUACCAAACAAACCAGGACAACAUUUUCACAUUCUAGAGUUCGGUGCAAUCGUUGUAUGUCCAAGAAAACUCGAGGAGUUAGAGAGCUUCACAACGCUUAUACAACCCAAAGACUUGUCGGUGGUCUCAUUAAGAUCGUCUAGGUCAGAUGGGAUCACAAGGGCUAAGGUCACAGACGCACCGAGUUUUGAAGAUGUCGCUGAGAAGAUCUAUGGUUUCUUGAACGGUCGGAUAUGGGCAGGUCAUAACAUUAGGAGAUUCGACUGCGUUAGGAUUAAAGAAGCUUUUGCUGAGAUCGGUCAAGCUGCGCCUGAACCCUCAGGGAUCAUUGAUUCUUUGGGGUUACUAAGCGUCAAGUUUGGCAAAAGAGCUGGUAACAUGAAGAUGGCAAGUUUGGCUGCCUAUUUUGGCCUCGGAGUGCAAAAACACAGAAGCCUCGAUGAUGUUCGAAUGAAUUUAGAGGUCCUCAAGCAUUGUGCAACAGUGCUUUUCUUGGAAUCUACACUUCCCAAUCAAUUGGAAGGAAAAUGGCAAAGUUCUUCAAAGAUCAUGACAAGAAGUCGAAGUAAUUACCAAACGGCCCAAAGGGCAACGCCUUACACGAAAGGUAGCCUCGGAAAGAUGACAGAGAAUGUGAAGAAUCUCUUCAGCAAAGCUCAAGGCAGUCAAGCUCUUCAAAGCUUGAUUAAACAUUCUCAUUCUUUGCUUAGAUGAUUUAUGCAUUCCUCAUGUUUAUUAAUUUAUUUAUUUUCUCUAUCAAUAGAAAAAAAAAAACUAUUUAUAUUCUGAUUCACAUCACAUGGUAUUGCAAUUGCUAUGUGAACUUAAUCUCAGUAUACAUAUGGAGUAGCUUGUCCGUUUUUCAAUGUGAAGCGAGUCCAAGAAAACAAAAUAUGUCC